UGUUGAACGAGGAAUGAUAGUUAUCACAUGCAAGACACGUGACAGUUUUAUCUCUAUUGUCUACUCUCUUCUCUUCUCUAGUCCCCUCCAUAACCCUAACCCUAAACAACGACAACCUCCUCAGUCCUCACCAACAGCAGAACCCUAGCAGAGUGAUUACAGCCAUGGUUGACGGCGGAUUCGAGGUGGGAGUGGUUCCUUUCAACCCAGAUGGCUGGGGUCCCAUGGAAGCAACCUCCACAUCUGCCGCCUCCUCUAACCUCCCUCUCAACGUUCCUUUUGCCCCAUUCUCUCGCUCUGACAAAAUCGGCCGAAUCGCCGAUUGGACCAGAAACUUCAACAACCAGUCCAGGCCCAAGAAUCAACCCUCCGAUUCAGCCUUUGAUUUCUCUAACGACGAUUCCUUCCCCGGUUACGCCGACGACGACGCUUCCUUCAGAUUGGUCGACGGGAAGCCUCCUCCGCGCCCCAAAUUCGGACCCAAGUGGAGGUACCAGCAGCAACGGCAGCUCCCUCAGCGACGCGACGAGGAGGUCGAGGCACGGAAGAGAGAGGCCGAGAAGGAGCGUGCACGCCGUGACCGUCACUACAACAAUAACAGGUCCAAUGUCAACCAGUUUAGGCGUGAGGCGGCUGUGUUCAAAUCGUCUGUGGAUAUUCAGCCGGAGUGGAAUAUGCUCGAGCAGAUUCCCUUCUCAACUUUCUCCAAGCUCUCCUUCACUGUUCCCGAGCCAGAGGACCUUCUUCUCUGUGGCGGCCUAGAAUUCUAUGACCGGUCGUUCGAUCGUACUGCUCCGAAGAACGAGCGCCGUCUUGAGAGGUUCAAGAACAGGAAUUUCUUCAAAGUCACAACCACUGAUGACCCAAUUAUCCGAAGGCUUGCUAAUGAAGAUAAAGCCACAGUCUUUGCUACUGACACUAUUCUGUCCUCUCUUAUGUGCGCGCCCAGGUCUGUGUAUUCAUGGGAUAUUGUGAUCCAGCGAGUUGGGAACAAGUUAUUCUUCGAUAAAAGAGAUGGGUCGCAGCUUGAUUUGCUUUCUGUUCACGAGACCUCUCAGGAGCCUUUGCCCGAGGCUAAGGAUGAUAUCAAUUCUGCCUAUUCUUUGAGUGUUGAGGCUGCUUAUAUCAACCAGAAUUUCUCUCAGCAAGUCUUGGUUAGGGACGGUAAUAAGGUCACCUUUGAUGAGCCUAAUCCUUUUGCUAAUGAAGGAGAGGAGGUAGCUUCGGUGGCUUACAGAUACAGAAGGUGGAAGCUUGAUGAGAACAUGCAUCUUGUUGCUCGAUGCGAGGUUCAGAGUGUUGUUGAGGUCAACAAGCAGAGAUCUUUCCUCACCUUGAAUGCUCUUAAUGAAUUCGAUCACAAGUACUCUGGUGAUUGGAGGCAGAAGUUGGAGAGUCAGAGGGGUGCGGUUUUGGCUACUGAGCUUAAGAACAACGCUAAUAAGUUAGCUAAAUGGACUGCACAAGCCCUUCUGGCCAGUGCAGAUUUGAUGAAGUUGGGAUAUGUUUCGAGGGUGCAUCCUCGUGAUCAUUUCAAUCAUGUCAUUUUGGCUGUUGUUGGAUACAAACCGAAAGAGUUUGCAGCUCAGAUCAAUCUCAACACUUCAAACAUGUGGGGCAUUGUGAAAUCUAUUGUGGAUUUGUGUAUGAAGUUGAAAGAGGGCAAGUAUGUUCUCGUGAAGGAUCCUUCUAAACCUCAAGUUAGAAUUUAUGAAGUGCCUACUGAUGCUUUUGAGAAUGAUUACGUUGAAGAACCACUGCCCGAGGACGAGCAAGUACAGCCCCUUGCUGAAAAUGCUGAUGUUGUUGAGGCUGCAACUGAUGCUGCAGUUGAUGUGGAAGAUAAGCCAGUUGAAGCUGAAGCUUGAUUAGAGAUAACAGAAGGUGGUAUGAAAUGAACAGAAGCAGCAGCAGCAGCAAUGUUAGUAAUGAGAAUCAUAAGAUAACAAAGGCUUCAUUUUUGUUUAUUUAUCAUUGUCUUCUCUUUUUUUUUUUGAAAACCCUGUAAUAGAUAUCUCAAAAGAGUACACUUUCUUUUCUAGUUGUCUACUUUAUUAUUUCUGUUGAUUUGUUUUUUUCUUUUCGUGUCAUACUAUGCUAUACUAUAAUAAUGUGGUGAGUGUGACUGAAGUUUUUGACCAAUGAUUGAUCUCUUUUGCUAGUUUUACUUUUGAGAAAUGCUAAAAGGCACAUUCAUAUUA